AUGAUGCAAUAUACCCCAUUUGCCUCUGAUAUUGAACUGCCGUUCUAUACUGCACUUUCCUCACAGAAGAUUAAUCAUGACAAGCUUAGUGACUCCGCUCGACCCGUCCUGGGUCUCUAUGAGAUCCGCCCCUCGGACCCAGCAAAUUCUUCUUGUCGAAUGCAAAUUCAUGGAAAUGCCCUCAAUAUCAAUGAAGCUUCUGCAAGCUUCUAUCGCGCCGAGGGAACGAUUAAGAAUUUGAAUACCAUAGAGGAAUACAGGAACGCGGAUAAAUUGAAAAUGAUUCUGGAGGCUGGUCAAGUAAUUUGGGAUGCCAUCAAUGAUGGAAGCAUCUACACCAGUCCCUCUUUAUUGUCUUCCUUCGUCAUUCUCUCAUAUGCCGACCUCAAGAAGUACAAGUUUUAUUACUGGUUUGCCUUUCCCGCACUUCAUUCUGACCCAGCCUGGGCUCUCAUCGGAUCAGCUGAGUCCCAAUCGAAACCCGACCAAGGCGGGGAUACGGACAUGCCUCGGGGAGAGUACCUGUCUUCUGAUGACAGCUCCUCAUUAGUGGAAUCAGUGCAAACAUGGAGUUUCACCGUCGAUGACCGCCAGCGAGGGUUUUUCUUGGCUUAUAGACAGAGAAAGACCUCAGAAAGCUCGGCAAGCAUCUGGCACAUAGCGUCACUAUCUCAAUAUGAGAAUGGAUUCUUUAGUAACGUAGCCGAUGAGGAUCGGUAUAUUUGCAUUGCAGAUCCUUCCAACUAUGAAAGCGCCUCGGGCUGGAUGUUACGAAAUCUGUUGGCCAUGGUUCAGCAGAGAUGGAAGCUGGAGCGAGUGCAGAUUUUACGAUAUCGGGAUGUGCAAUCGAAGCGUGACCAGGGUCGCAGUAUGGUGAUUCGUCUGGAAUCGAAAUCGGGGCCUGCUUCCAAUUCAGUCAAUGAGAGAGUGCAGCUACCCAAAAUCACUGGCUGGGAACGCAACCCGGCAGGAAAGUUGGCUGGUAGAGUGGUGAAUCUUACGGACUAUAUGGAUCCUGCAAGGCUUGCAGACCAAUCGGUCGACCUUAAUCUCAAGCUCAUGAAAUGGCGGAUUAGUCCAACUCUAAACCUCGAGAAAAUCAAGCAUACAAAGUGUCUUUUGCUCGGAGCUGGAACUCUGGGUAGCUAUGUCGCUCGAAACCUUUUGGGCUGGGGUGUCAAGAAGAUAACUUUUGUUGACAAGGGCACCGUUUCCUUCUCCAAUCCUGUUCGACAGCCACUUUUUACAUUUGCAGACUGCUUGGCCGGCGGGGCACCAAAAGCAACAAGAUCAUCACAAGCCCUAACCGAAAUUUACCCGGGGGUUGAAACCGCAGGUUAUCAACUCUCAGUGCCGAUGGUCGGUCAUCCCAUCGUGGAUGAGAACGCGACAAGAAAAGAUUUUGAGACACUUCAAAAAUUAAUAGACGAGCAUGAUGCCAUAUUUCUACUUAUGGACACCCGAGAAUCGCGUUGGUUGCCUACGGUGAUGGGAAAAUCCGCUGGAAAGAUUGUUAUGAAUGCAGCCCUAGGCUUUGAUUCUUUUGUGGCAAUGCGCCAUGGAAUUACAGGGGCAGAUGAGGCGGCGGAUCUUGGUUGCUACUUUUGCAACGAUGUUAUGGUACCAGCUAAUUCAAUCAAGGAUCAGACCCUUGAUCAACAAUGUACCGUCACUCGUCCUGGGGUUGCUGCGAUAGCAUCUGCACUUCUCGUUGAAUUGUUGGUAUCAAUUUUGCAGCACCCGCAGGGUCCCGCUGCCCCAGCUCCUUUGAAUCGACAUGAUGAGCGUGGCGAUCACCCCUUGGGACUCGUACCCCAUCAAAUUCGAGGAUUCCUUGCCACAUUUGAAAACAUUGUGAUCACUGGCAAAAGCUACACAUACUGUAGCGCUUGCUCGGAAAGGGUGACAAGUGCUUACAGAGAACAAGGUUGGGAUUUCGUCCGAAAGGCCCUCAAUGAGUUGGGAUACGUUGAGGAAUUGAGUGGACUCAAAGAGGUUCACGAGAAAGCGGAGGCAGCAUUAGCCAAUGUUGAGUGGGAAGAAGCAUCGGAUAAUGAAAAUAUCGAGAUUUUGUAG